CGCACCCCCCGGCCCGCUCCGAAUCUCGCGAUAACUUUGUGGGCUAUAAAAGCUGCGCCCCGCGCGCGUCUCGGGCGUCGUCUUCCUUCCUUUGCGUAGCUGUUUCUUUCUCUGAGACCGGUGACUCGGCCCUGCUGAUAGCAAGAUGUCUUCAGGAAAUGCAAAAAUUGGGCAUCCUGCCCCCAACUUCAAAGCCACAGCUGUUAUGCCAGAUGGCCAAUUCAAAGAUAUCAGCCUAAGUGAUUACAAAGGAAAAUAUGUCGUAUUCUUCUUUUACCCUCUGGAUUUUACUUUUGUGUGCCCCACUGAGAUUAUUGCUUUCAGUGAUAGGGCAGAAGAAUUUAAGAAACUGAACUGCCAAGUGAUUGGAGCUUCUGUGGAUUCUCACUUCUGUCAUCUGGCAUGGGUUAAUACACCCAAGAAACAAGGAGGAUUGGGACCUAUGAACAUUCCUUUGGUAUCAGAUCCCAAGCGCAGUAUUGCUCAGGAUUAUGGAGUCUUAAAGGCUGAUGAAGGUAUCUCUUUCAGGGGCCUCUUUAUUAUUGAUGAUAAAGGUAUCCUUCGACAGAUCACUGUAAAUGAUCUUCCUGUUGGCCGCUCUGUGGACGAGACUCUGAGACUAGUUCAGGCCUUCCAGUUCACUGACAAACAUGGUGAAGUGUGCCCAGCCGGCUGGAAACCUGGCAGUGAUACCAUCAAGCCUGAUGUCCAAAAGAGCAAAGAAUAUUUCUCUAAGCAGAAGUGAGCACUGGACCAUUUUUCUGACAGGCUCCAUUGGACAGCCAAAAGAAAAUCUCUUGUACUCUAUUCAUGCUUAAAAACAAAACUUGGUGUCAUCCAAGACAUGCCUUUCCUACAGUGCUGGGGGGUGGGGGUUGGCCUUUCUUCCACUGUUGGGAAUGGCCUAAGCUGUGUUGUGGGUAGACUAUAUGAUAAAUCUGUUGCAGAAAUCAGCCUGUUCUUUUUGUAGUAUCUAUUAAACUUGAAAAUGUGA